AUGAUAUGUGGCGACAACACGUAUGGAGCUAUGAGUAGUGGAAUGCUCAUGCUUGUGCCACAUCCCAUACAAGCACUAAACUACGAUUACUCAUGGCAAAAGCAGCUUCUCACACGGCGGCAUCGAUUCAUUCAUGCCAAGAAUGCCGAUGUUUUGCGAGCUCACCGCAGACCACAACAGCCGGUGAAUGAAGGUACUAUAGAAGUUCAAGUUAUACAAAGCGACAUGGCAGGCAUGACCAUCAAGCUGCUGCGCUUGGACACCAACGGUGAAUUCACUAGUCAAAAACUGUAUAAGUGCCUCGAAUUGCAGCGUUUAUUGUCAUAUGGCUCGCUGCAUGAUCGACGACGAGAGCAUCGAAGACGUAGUGAGCUAAGGUUGUAUAAUCAUGUAUCAUUGAUUGGAUUCUACACUACGUGCGUCCUACGAUAUAAUUUGCACAAGAUGAAGUCACAGCUGCACAACAUGACGUGUAUCUGUCUCCAUAUAAGCUAA